GUAGUUCGUGACCAUCGUCCUCCAUUCUAUGAGUAAUGAGUUUGUUUUGUUGCUAAAUUUGUAGUAGUUAUUAUAUAAAUAUUUUUCAAAUUCAUGUGAAAUUGACGAAAUCAUUCCUGGACGUAAUUUUAACAUGGACAACUCAAAUUCGGAGGGUGUCGUCCUACCGGACAUUUCCGAAGCCGAACAAUUAGCGAGUGAGCACGAUGGCGGAGAUGAUGGCGUUUCUGUUGUUCCGAAAACCGAGAAGGUUCCGGUCACUCUUUCUGUGCGACAUGGUGGUGUUCCGGUAUCUUUACCAGUCGGUUCUCUUAUUGCUAGUUCCUUCAAUGUUAUUACACAAGAACAACUUUCUCAAUUCAAACCAAUGUUAUGUGUUGAUAACAAUGGAUACUUAGCUACUGACCCCACUAGUGGUGAAUUGAAAACAAUUGUAAUUCAACAAGAAGAAGUUGGAUCGAAUAAUGCCUCUUCCAAUUCCAAUACACCAAGUAUUGUUGGAUCAUGGAGUGAAGCAGCUAGUUUACCAGUUUUGCCUGUAAGGUGCAAAAAUACAUCGGCAGUAUUACAUAAAAAUCGAUUUGGUUCAGGUGGCAGAGGGCGUUGCAUAAAAUCAGGUAAUCAGUGGUACACACCGAGCGAAUUUGAAGCAGUUUGUGGUAGAGCAUCUAGUAAAGAUUGGAAAAGAAGUAUUCGUUUCGGGGGACGAAGUCUCCAAACCCUAAUUGACGAAGGUAUCAUCUUACCGCAUGCUACCAGCUGUACAUGUGCAGCUUGUUGUGAUGACGAGUCGGCAACUGGUCCUGUACGACUAUUUACCCCUUAUAAAAGAAAGCGUAAAAGGGAACAUGAAAUUGGCGGCAAAAUGAGAGACCAGAAUGGGCUUAGUGAUAGUCAACAGUCGAAAGAAGAAGCUUGGCAAAACUUAGCUGAAGGACUCGAUUCAACUGAUUAUCAGCUUAUGGAUUCAGUGACUUUAGUUGAUCCAGUAUUAUCAUUGAGAAAAUUAGAAGAUAUUGCAAAUCAAAUUAAUCGUUUGUCUUCUGAAUUUCGAAGAGGAUUAGAUGAACUCAAAGAAACUAUAAAUAGACAAAAUGAUAAAUUCCAAAGAGAUAAAGAAGAAGCUAUUUUGGCAGCCAGAGUUGAAGCACAAGUAGCUGUAUUACAACCAGAUGGAACUACAGAUUCAAUAUUGCAGCCAUCAAUUGACAAUGAAAAUCACAAAAAAUGUGCAAAUUGCAACAGGGAAGCAAAUGCAGAGUGUUCACUUUGUAGAAGAACCCCGUACUGUUCACAGUUCUGUCAGAGAAAAGACUGGGCAUCUCAUCAAGUCGAAUGUGUAAGAGGAGUAACAACAGAAGCUGGUUCCCAGCAGUCCAUCAUGCUCAUUGUUGAAAGCACUGAUCAACAAUGAAAGUAUAUUUUCUUAAGGAAUAAUUAUCCAUUUUCUGGAUAUUGUAUAUUUUUCUGUAUUGUAAAUAUUUGCAUAUAUAUAUUUAUAGUUAAUUCAUAUCAUACUUUAUUAUGGAAUUUUCUCCCUCUGACCACUUGUGAUAUUGAUUGAUACAGAAGAGGAUAAGAACUUUUCAAAAUGAAAUGUAAAAAAAUUUUUACAAAGAAACCAAAAUGUAAUUGUGUAAAUCAUGACCAAAGUAAUUGAUCAUAAUAGCAAUGUUAUAUACCUAAUAUUUUGACAAGCACUUCAUUCAUUGUUUCUGGUGUGGAAGUUAUGGAACAAAUUUGGUGAGGAAUUCAAUAGUUAGUUUUUGUAUUAAGAAGAAUAGUAUUUUUUUUUUCUAUGACUUGAGAAUGAAUAAUAUUGAAUUUGAAAUCAACUAGCAAUAAUCUUCUUUUUAAGUAAUUUUAUGGUUUGUUUGAAUCAUUCUAUUCACUUUUGGGUCUGUCUCAAAUCGAAUUUUACUGUUAUGUGAAGGCUUACAGCUGAUAUAAAUUUUUAAAAUUAAGGUAAAAAUCAUCUGUACUAGCUCAAGAAAAAUUUUAAUUUUUAGAUCUAGGAAUUCAUUGGGAAGUCGUUAUUUAAUUUCUGGUCAUUUUUUAAUAUCGUUAUAUUUUCAAUAAAUACUUACUCUUU